AUGGGAUCAGCUCUCUCUCACAACCACCAGAGCAGCGUCGCGCCCCAGCAGCAGCCGUCGUUGGCCCACGUCAUCACCGCCGAUGGCUCGCUGACGGUGUUCGCCACCGCCUCCUCCUCCCCCGUCAGCGUCUCCGACGUCCUCGCCGCAGGCAAUGCAGGCGGCUCGUUCUUCCUGUGCAGCUCCGACGCGCUCUACUUCGGUGAGGACGUGCCGGCGCUCGGCGGCGGCGAGCUGCUCCGUCCCGGCCAGAUAUACCUCGUGCUCCCUCAGGCGAUGCUCGGGCGGCCCCUGUCGAGCGCCGACAUGGCAGCCAUGGCGGUGUGGGCUAGCGACCUUUGA